UCUCUCAUUACAACCACCAUGCCCCUCGUCAAAAAUCGAAUCGUGCCCUUUCCCAACGACGCACCUUUCGACAAGCAAUCUGUAGAGGUUCCCGGUACAAAAAAGCCAGGCCAAACAGGUCAUUACCGAAACGCGAUAUGGGGACUGGUAUCGAAGGAUGCACCUCUCACCUUCUCAACGGUCACCGAAAUAUUCGAAAACGGGUUAACAGUUGGGCGAAACCAGCCCAUGUUAGGACACCGCCCACAGAUCUCCGCCAAUCCGCUCAAAUUUGCAAACCAUUUCGUCUGGGAAAGCUGGGGAAGUGUUGAUGACCGUCGUCGAGCUAUUGGCAGUGCACUAUAUUCACUGUUCAAGAAUGGUGACUUGGGUGGUGGUGAAUAUGAGACCGUUGGAAUUUGGUCCCAGAACAGGCCCGAGUGGCAGAUGAUAGACCUUGCUCUCCACGCAUACGCAAAAGUUGGUGUGAGCAUAUAUGAUACUUUGGGGAAAGACGUUGUCGAAUAUAUGAUUGAUCACGCACAUAUCAGCGUCUUGUUCACUACCUCUGAUCAUAUUCCUACCCUUCUGAAACUCAAACCUAAAGUGCCUAUGCUCAAGAUGAUAGUGUCAAUAGACAACUUAUCCGAAGAGGCCAAACGCAUCGCGGUCGAAUGGGGCCUGUCUCAAGGCGUUAAAUUGAUGGAACUCAGGGAAUUGGAGGCUCUCGGCAAAGCUCGACUUAUUGACCCCAUACCCCCUCGCCCUGAUCAAUUGGUCUCGAUAUCUUACACAUCCGGAACAACGGGUAUGCCAAAGGGUGCACUCAUCACCCAUCGGAAUCUUGCCAUUGGUGUAACCGCCCACCUCCACGGAUUGGAAGUUCCCGAUGAAGGAUGCCUGAUUUCAUACCUGCCCUUGGCACACAUCUAUGGGCGCACCGUUGAACUAGGGAUGCUUGCGUGCGGCGGAAAAGUUGGAUAUUUCACUGGCGACCCACUUCGACUUUUGGAAGACUGUCAAAUUCUGGGGCCACACCUUUUCCCAUCGGUCCCCAGAGUGUUGAACAGAAUAUAUCAAGCUGCAAAUGCAGCCGGGAAUGCACCUGGAUUAAAGGGCCUCCUCUUCAAGAAGGCCGUGGCCGCCAAGUUGGAGAGAUUGAAGAGAACGGGAGACAUUACACAUCCGUUGUGGGACAGACUCGUGUUCCGAAAGGCAUGUGAAGACGUUCUGUUGGUUAUGAACACUAACACUAUACAGCGUAGGUUCGUGCCGCCCUUGGAGGAAACAUAA